GUCCUGCGCCACCGCUCUGUGGAGAAGUGCGUCAUGGUCGAUAUUGAUGGCGAUGUGGUGAACUUCUGCAAGGAGCAUUUGCCAGCCAAUAAGGAGGCGUUCGCUGACCCAAGGCUGGAGCUCAUCAUCGAUGAUUGCAAGGUGCAGCUGGAACAGGCAAAAGAGAAGUUCGACGUGAUCAUCAUGGAUCUGGAUGAUCCUCUGGAGGGCGGCCCUUGCUAUUGGCUCUACUGCCAG